AUGGGUUCCAAUGCCGGCAGCACCCUUACAUCCGGUAGCGACAACAACGUCUUCCAUAAAAAGCGGCGAUUUAUCGUUACCUCCACCUUCCCCGGACAUAGCAUUUGCCUGCCCAUAUUUACCUACGGCAAUCGCGGCUGUAACAAAAAUGUGAAGGCGCUCCAGCAUGGCAUCGUGUAUAGCCAGGGUCUUGAGCCGAGAUUGACGCCCGGUGAGCCGGCCCUUGGCUACGAUCCCAUCAUGAUGAUUCCAACCAGCUCGGAAAAGCUCAGCAGUGUGUCACGAAUCAACUACGCCAAACCCCAAAGCGUGGAGCACAAUACCAAGGUGCAUUUUAUUGGCCACAUUGACGAAAGCCAUACAGGCUCGAUCCUCCAAAACAUGCUCCAUGCCAUGCAAAAUCACAAGCUUGACACUUAG